AUGGCACACCAACGCAACGAUCGUCGACUUCGCCUAUUCCUCUUCUCCCAUCCACGCACGACGAGUAAUCUCUUCAUGCGUUUACUCGAGGGUCUCCCCAACAUCGCCCAAUCCAAAUAUCUCUACUUCCCACCAUACUUCUACGGCCCUGAUAGGCAAGCAGGAUGUCCCCGAGAAGAAUACCAUUACAUGCCAGGUUACGACCGCUGGGAGGAAAGAAGUUACCAGAAUACCUUUGAUGCAAUGCAAAAGUUUAUGAAAGAUGCGGAAGACCAAGGGAAGAUCCCGCUGGUCAUGGACCACGCCCUCAUGCUCACAACUCCCACCGUACCUCGUCAAACAAUUCCCGAGAAACCAGAGAUUGUUGAUCGGAUGCUCGAUUAUGAUGUUGAUGGUGGUGCAAGGCGCUCCCCACCUCCCAAGGAACUACCGAUUCCCAAUCCAACAUUCUUCCCUGAUGCCUUCCUACUCACUCUAACUCCCCUCUUCAUCAUUCGCCACCCAGCGCGCACGUUCCCGUCCUAUCUUCGUGCUAUCAGCGCGAACGCUACGCCGAAGAGAAAAGUUUUCGACGAGGAAACCCCCGUAGCAGGCGCGUUCAAAAAUCAAAUCCUCGUUUUUGAUUUCUUUAGAGCUUUGAAUGGUGGUCAGGUACCAGUGGUGGUGGAAGGAGAACGAUUGGUAAAGGAUACGAAGGAGCAGAUGAAGAAGGUUUGUGAAAAGAUAGGAUUGAAGGAAGAGGAUAUCAAAUACGAGUGGCAAUCGAAGAAUAUCAAAUUGCCCCAGGUGAUGGAGGCAUUUCAGGGGAAAGUUUUAAGAUCGACGGGAGUUAUGGAUGAUGGGUCGUACGACAGACCGGUCGACAUCUCCGAAGAAGCGAAAAAGUGGGAAAAAGAGUGGGACGCUGAUGUUGCAAAGCGAAUGGAGGAGCUUGUACGUGCGUCGGUGAAGGACUAUGAGUACUUGUUGCAAUUUGCUUUGUGA